AUGGAGUGGGACGUGUGCUCGUUCGACAAUGCCAGGGAGGCCCACGAGUACGCCGUCGGGAAGUACCUGAGCAAGCCGACGGCGAUCCCAGAUGAGCGCAUGGCGACGCACCCCAUAUGGUCGACUUGGGUGCGCUACAAGAAAGACGUCGACGACGAGAAGGUGAGACAACUGGCCGCCGAGAUUGUCGCCAACGGCUUCAACAACAGCCACAUUCAGGUGGACGACAACUGGGAGACCUGCUACGGCAGUCUCACAUUCGACGCCAACAAGUUCCCCGACGUGAGGGCGCUGACGGACGACCUCCGCCAGCUGGGCUUCCGGUCGACGCUGUGGAUACACCCGUUUGUGAGCGAGGACUGUGAGCCCUACCACUCGGAGGCGCUGUCCAAAGGCUACUUCGCGACUAACACAGAGGGCAGCACCCGCACAGAGUGUUGGCGUGGCUACGGCGGAGUCAUCGACUUCACCAACUCCAAAGCCGCAGAUCAAUCGCAUCUGGCCUGGAGGGCGACGGCGCUGCUGGUGGCGUGGGCGGUGGUGUGUCCCGCGGCGGCCGAACUCAGGACACGCUACGACGAGGACAGCGGCCGGUUGCUGGUGCUGUCUGCCACAGGUGAGGCGCCCAGCUGCCGUCCCCACCGCGAGAAGAUGGAUCGCCGUGAUCCUAAAAAUAAUCCUUCUUCCAUCAAGGUCUCUUGUUCUGCGGCGAACAGAAUAAUGUAUUACAUGAGUACUUUUCAGCGUGACGAAGAGUUUGAGAUUGGUUACUUUGUGGUCAGUGACAAGGAUGGCUCUUCAAUCCCAUGUGGGGAGAGUCGUUCCAACAAAGAACACUCCAGAGCCAGCAGUUGUAAAAUAACGGUAGAGAAUGGAGACAGUGAUGGCCACUGUCUCAAUAUACAGGCGUCAAUUGAUUCUUCCAUGUCCGUUAUCUCUAGCUGUCUGUAUCACCUGGACAGCCAGGUAUAUGGCGGGCACGAGACGAUAAACCCAAAGUGGCCGAUGGAGUCCAAAGAGUACGACCACAUGCCGUAUGUGACCGUGAAGACAGAUCACAUCGGCAUCGCCGUGCGUUACUGGCUUUUCUCUGACGGGAGACUGGUCCAUAUCCCGUCAUACGUACCACUCUUCAUAAGCCAGAACACUAACGAUUCAGUGAAUUCCCUAUGUUUUAUCGCUGAGAACAAGGACCCGUACCCACUGGAACGAGCUGACAACGUUAUGGAGUGGGACGUGUGCUCUUUCGACGACGCCAGGGAGGCCCACGAGUACGCCGUCGGGAAGUACCUGGCCAAGCCGACGGCGAUCCCAGAUGAGCGCAUGGCGACGCACCCCAUAUGGUCGACUUGGGUCCGCUACAAGAAAGACGUCAACGACGAGAAGGUGAGACAACUGGCCGCAGAAAUUCUCGCCAACGGCUUCAACAACAGCCACAUUCAGGUGGACGACAACUGGGAGACCUGCUACGGCAGUCUCACAUUCGACACCAACAAGUUCCCCGACGUGAGGGCGCUGACGGACGACCUCCGCCAGAUGGGCUUCCGGUCGACGCUGUGGAUACACCCGUUUGUGAGCGAGGACUGUGAGCCCUACCACUCGGAGGCGCUGUCCAAAGGCUACUUCGCGACCAACACAGAGGGCAGCACCCGCACAGAGUGGUGGCGUGGCUACGGCGGAGUCAUCGACUUCACCAACUCCAAAGCCGCCAGCUGGUGGAUCAAUCGCGUCUGGGCGCUUCGGAACGAGACGGGGCUGGACUCUUUCAAGUUCGACGCCGGCGAGACCAGCUGGCUGCCGCAGCUGCCCGCCAUCACGCCCCUGGAGGUCAAUCCGGUGCGCUUCACCGACGACUACGUCCAGACCGUCUCGCAGUUCGGGCCCAUGAUAGAGGUGCGCGCCAGUGUCGAGAGCCAGCACCUGCCCCACUUCUUCCGAAUGAUCGACAAAGACAGCAGCUGGAGCGCCCAGAACGGUCUGAAGACGUUGAUACCCACACUGCUGCAGAUGAACAUAGUGGGCCACCCUUUCGUUCUGCCAGACAUGGUGGGCGGUAAUGGCUACAAAGGUGACGUACUCGACAAGCAGCUGUUCAUACGCUGGCUGCAGGUCAACGUCUUCAUGCCCACUAUACAGCUCUCCUCCGUGCCCUGGGACUACGACAACGAGACGGUGGAGAUCUUCCGCAACAUGACAGCUUUGCACACAAUGCACGCACCUCGUAUUGUGGAAGCCAUGGAGCGGGCGGUGAAGGACGGCACCCCUGUCAACCCUCCCAUCUGGUGGCUCGACCCUACAGACUCGACGGCCCUCACCAUCGAUUCAGAGUUCCUUCUGGGAAAGGACCUCCUGGCAGCGCCCAUCGUGCAGCACGACACAUACGAACGCGACGUCUACCUGCCCAAAGGCAGCUGGCUGGACGAGGUGGACCCCGAGCACCCCACCAUAGAGGGCCCCACCUGGCUCCGCGACUACCCGGCGCCUCUCAACACGCUGCCGCACUUCACCAGGGUCACCUCCUCAUAG